AUGCGUUUUUCCUUACUUUCCAUCACGGCCACUUUCAUGCUUGGCCUUGUUGCCGCAGACUCAGCGCCCAACUCCUUUGACAGCUGGAAACAAACCAUCCCCUCUUGUGCUCAACCAUGCUUCGACGAUUUCUACUCCAGCAGCGUGGGUUCUUCCUGCGCCAGUGACGCGGCCUCCAGCACCAAGCUGUCUGACCUACAAUGUGUUUGUAAUGCAAUGGAAGCAAACCUUCAGACUGGGGGAGACACUGCACUCCAGUGCUCUUCUUCGAAGUGUGGGUCAGGCAGUAACACAGCAGCCCUACAGGGACUAGCUAGGGAGUUCCUCGAGUUCCUCAAGUUCCCCAAGUUCCUCGAGUUCUUCGAGCUCAGGCUCAGGCCCAAGCUCAAGCCCAACGGGAGUCUCAACGGCAACAUCUAUCGAGUCCUCGUCGACGACGACGGCAACAACCCCUGCAUCCCCAUCGACAACCAAAACCUCGGGAUCCACAAGUAA